CGAUCGGGCUUCUCUCUGCCGCCGCUGCCGCCGCCUGCGCGCUCGCCCGUCGCUGGCUGUGCCGCCGCCGCCGCCGCUGUGUGUGUGUGUGCCCCGUUGGAAUGGGGUUGCCUGCAGCGCACCUGUAGUAGCCUAGUGCUUGGGGCCCGAACCCGGGCUCAUCCACGCUGCACACCUCGGAUACACCUCCUCUCGCGAAGAAAGUGCUCUCUGACGCUGCUCCCCCCAUGGAUUACGACCCCUCUGGAUGCCACGCUAGGCGGGCCCUUCAGCCGAGGCCCUGGUGGUGCGGGAUGAUGGUGAGGACGAGGGUUGCUGCCGGGGGGAGGAGGACUGGUGUGGCGGAGCGGGCGGAGCCGGGGUGCGCAGGCCCAUGAAUGCCUUCUUCCUGUUCUGCAAGCGGCAUCGCAGCGUGGUGCGUGAGCGCUACCCGCACCUCGAGAAUCGCGCCAUCACCAAAAUCCUGGGCGAGUGGUGGGCCAGCCUUGAGCCCCACGAGAAACACACCUACACGGAGCUUGCCAAGCAGUACAAGGAGGCUUUUAUGAAGGCCAAUCCGGACUUCAAAUGGUGCAAGAUGCCCACCUUGCCCACGCGGUCUCCAGUGACGCGCACUAAGGGGGCCACCACCAAGGGAGACACGCUGCGCUGGAGCCCCGAGCAGACAAACUGCCCUCGGUCGGAUAUGCCACGGGUGCCCACCCUCACAAAGGACCCGCUGAGCAUCUCAAGGCAGAACAAUAAUAGCCCAGUGCUGCAGCAGCAGGGCUCAAACUCUCAGGACGAGCCACCGGCAACAAAGCAAAUGACCGAGUCUGGCGGCAACGCGGCCGAGCAGUCUGGUGCUCCAAACCCGGUACCCUCGAACAACCCGCCAGUCUGCUGCAAGCCUCCAAAGAAGCGCUACCUGGAGAACCUUGAGAACGGCACAUACGGCGGGGGCAAUGCAAGCCGGCUCAAGUCGGAGUCGUCGCCGUCGCCAUCUCCCUCGCCGGUGCCCUGUGCGCCACUCCAGAGGGCGGCCUCCACGGAUCAGCAGACUAACAAUGCAUGCUCAGCCCUGCUUGAACUGGCAGAGGGAUGCCAGGGUGGGAAGAAGCCACCAACUGCAGGAGCUCGCCAGAAAACUGGGGACCUGAACGCCAAGUCACAAGAUAACGGUAGCAGCGGCUUGUCUUCUGCUGCGACAAGCACCACGACUACAACGUCGACGAGCACUAGUAGCAAUGGAAGUAGUGGUCUGUGCGGUGGCGGCUCGGUUCCCCCGGCUGGCUUCGGCCCAAUCCCCAUGUUCGACGUCAGCGCUGCCAACCGCAUCAUCGACCAGGCAUUCAGCCAGCCCACCACUGCCAGCAGCACAUCUGUGACGCCGCCGCCAUUCACGGCGCUGUCGACUUCGUCCUCAGGCACGCCUCCACCCAGCUCGAGCAGCGCAACGAGCCUCGGAAGUGGAUGCGGGAGCAGCUCGGCCGCGGCUAAGGCACGUGAGCGCGAGCGCUUCUUCAACGUGUCGUCGGCACUGAGUCUUGCGCAGUCUCUCAACCGAGGCGACGAGGAGCAGCCGCUGAACCUGUGCAAGGAGCGCCCUAUGACGACGAUCAAGACCUGCCAGCAGGACAUCAUCAACCACAUCAUCGACAAGUUCCUCUGCGGCCCUAGUAAUGUGGAGCCGCUGGACGGCACUGUCUUCUCGGCACACGGCUCUUCGCGUCAUCCUGAUGACAGCCCCGCAGUGCCUGCCGUUGUGGCCGCUGCCGUCCCGGGUACAGUGCCCACACCAAACGCAGGAUUCUACCGCGGCAGUGCGGACGAGGAUGGAGACAAUGUGCAGAAGAAGGUUUCUGCUGGAAGCCACAAGAGUGGCGUUCGGCGCAAGGGGCUUGCUGGCAAUUCGCCGAGCAAGCGUGCGCGGAUCCAUGCAUCCUUGACCGGGGACGAGGACGGGGGCAGCAGCCCGGAGAGGGGGCGGAAGAGUCAGCGGUCGUGCAAGGGUCAGCGUUACCAGGCGCUGGUGUCGGAAGGUGUGCUGCCGGGCUCCAAAGAGCGAAAAGGGCUUGUCCGCAAGUCGGAUGAAGAAGGAGACGAUGAGCCCAGCAGGCUGGGUGGAGGAGGACGCAGGGAUGAUGGGGCCAAGGUGCCUCGCAAGAACAGUGGCACUUUCAACCUGGACGCCCAGAUAGCAGCACUGCCCAAGUGCAGCAUGGAGUCGUUCACACGGCGCAAGAACAAAAAGAAGUCCAGCCAGCCAGAUGACGAUGGCAGGGACGAUUGUGCCUCUGCUGACGCUGCAGAACCAGGGGGCAAGGACCCCGACUUCCGGACAAGCUUAGCCAGGUCUGUGCGGCAACGCAGUGAAUCGGGGGCGUCUGGCACAGACGAGGCAGUGGACGAUCCCUCAAGCCCCCCACCUGCAUCCUCACCUAGUGACCAUUCAUCUAUUAUGCCCAGGAAGUUCAAGACAGGGGACUUUGACUUGGACGAACACCUUGCUGCCCUUCCAAAGUGUGACAUUGAGGUCUUAAGCCGACGAAAAAAGGAGCUACGGCGGGAUUCUGGCUCUUCUAGUGGCAGACAAGACUGCAAGGCCGAUGACUCAGGGACAGAGUCCGACCAUGCGGGCGCCUCGGAGUCUACUGAGGAGAAUGGAGUGAGAGAAUGGCAUAGCGGUGAGGAGGAAGAAUCGGAGGAUGCCGGACGGACCAGCCCCAAGAAGGACAAGCGGAAGAGACGCAAAGGUGCGCCUAUGGAGGAGGACUUCCCUAGCAGCUUGGCGACUCUGGCCGACAUUGCGCUGAGUCAGAAGGAGAAGAUGCAAGACUGACACAGGCCUAGACCCCAUCAGAGGAGGAGAAGGGGGGGCCCAACUGCCAAGCAAUAAGUGUCGUCUGCCGCAGAUCCUGGGCGCCUACUUUGUGAUGACUGCCCUCUGCCUCCGGCCAUCUCUCGUGACACGCAGAGAUCCUCCCCUUCUCUUAUUUCUGUGCAAGGAUGUGGUGGUGUAGUUCUGGCGUCCACUCUGUGGGCGUCGUUACUUUCCCUCUUCCUUGGACGUCAUGACAUUUUUUUACCCUCGUCAUCACGUGUGUGUGUGAAUGCGUGUGUGUGCGUGCGUGCAUGUAAUUUGACUGGAGAUGAAGAACUCGACGUGCGGUGAGAGUCUCGGACCUAGAGUGAUGCGCAUCAAUGACCGAACUGGCCCCCCCGCUCGUACGCGGCAUGGCAUUUCCUCUAGGUCAUUUGGUUGUAAGACUUAGACACACGCACAAGUGACGGAUUUUGACACAGCUGUGCCAGAUAGCGCCUUCCUGUGCUCCAAGUCUUCUUGUUGUUGAGCGUGGACACUGCCAAUAACAUGAGUCGCGGAUGUGGUGUUGCCUUUCGGCGAGUUCUGGUGGGAAGUGCUGCCACUCUUGAACCCCCUCAACCCCAACCCUCCCCCCACCUCCGACGACCAUUGGUGUCUUAAAGACUGCUGCGUCACCCUUUCUGUGAUUUGUGUUGGAAGUGUUAUUGUUUUGUUUUUCUUUGCAUAAUUUUAAUGCAGUGACUUAUCUCUUUCUGGCUGGGACAGUGGUCAAGUAUGUGCGAGGGCAGUGCAUUAUCUCAGCAUUAGCAGCAGUUCUCCUCCUCCCUAUUUUUUAAAAAUUUUAGAGCGCCUGUGUUUUCCUUUUUUUCAAUUAUUCAUCUGAUACUAGCUGCAGGUUUUGUCUUGGCAAACUAAGUUGGAAGAACAAAGUGUUUAGGAGCAUUAGCUUGUCAUUUUUUAGGGGCCUUCUAGGCUAACACAAGCUAAGGCUUGUGCAUGUAGAAUAAAGUAAGUAGCGACUUUUGGGUCCACUUUUUUUUUUGUCUUUGUGUAUAUAUAUAUAGUGGCUGAAAGAAAAAAAGUUUUAAGAAGUGUUCAGAGCAUUUUAGUGGUGAGCAGGAAGGUGUGUCCUUAAACGUAAUGGCCUCCAUACCAUUACUGUGGUCUUAUCAUUCUUUCUGCCCAACUCUGACACUGUUUUCACAUAAGGCUGCUGAAUCUGCUUUUCUUGUAAAAAGAGAGAGAGAUGGAGAGAGAAAAAAAUUUCAGAGAGUCUGACAAUAUGCACCAAACUGUACAUAUGGAGAGCCGAAGUCACUCGUCAAAUGUAUAACAGAGUUUUAAGAGAGCGAGAGAGAAAGAAAAUGAGAAUAUGGGCCUGUGAGCAGCAGUAGAGGGCCUUCUCGCACGCAACUGGAGCUAAGGAUCUCAGCUGCGGUGCCUGCUAACAAUUUUGACCUUUUUUUUUUCUCUCUCGCGAAUGCGCACACAAGCAGCACACAACAUACCUGCACAUUUCUGUACAUAAAGCACAGCUAGAAACACACAUUAGAUCCAAGUUUUUCUACUUCAUUGUUGUUUCUUUUGACCACCUCCUCCUCCUCCCAUUCGUGUCGCACAAAACUGACAGCAAAGCAGCAGCAGCAGUGGUGGCAUUUCUGUCCCAUCAUCUUGAGCAGCAUGAGACAGCAGUAAGGGUAGAGGUGUUUUGAUGCAUACUGGUUAACAGUGGCAGUCUGGCAAGGCAUGUUCCCACUUGAUUUUCACCAAUAUUAUUUUUUCCUUGUGGGUGGCAUCUUAAUUAGAGAGUUUUUCUUGUUGCGGCAUUUGGGCUGAAAGUCAAUUGAAUGAGUUGUUUCAAUUAGAACAAAAGCCUGUUCUCGUGCAUAUGACCGACACCAGAAAUACGAGAUUCGAAGGACGAGUUGCUGGCAAAUUUUGCCUUCAAGUGCGGCUAGGCAGCAGUGCACGUUGUAUUGGCAGGGGGCCGCACUGGAAGGCAAUAUGCAAAUUAAUGCGUUCCGUGUUGCCAUAAGCCGUGCACCGUCUGGUGAAAAUGGGUGUUGCUGAUUGUUCAUAACAAAAUUGUUUGCAGAGCUUUGCUCUGGGCUGACAGUUGUGCUGGGUUGCGUUAGUAAAAAUUUGGCCUUUAUAUGUACAGGUGCGGCUAUACGGGCUCAAGAAUACAGUAAUCUAUUUCCUGGCUUUUACCAGUUGUCAAAUAAGCGCACAGCACUUUUUUUGUGUGUUUUCUGCAUUUCAAGUCGCACCAUUCAUUAACAUAAUGUGGGCUGUCUUAAGUUUGACCUUUGUGUAGUGAAUAUGCGAAAUUGUUAUCUGGACUUUGUGAACAUUGGGCAGGCUACUUCAUUUUGGUGCCAUUUAAAGGAGUUCUUGGCCAUCAGGAAAAUCAUUCGAACAAAAAGAAAAGGAGGCACUAUUGUGUUGGUUCACCAAUGUUACUGUUUGCUGAUCAAAAGUACUGGCAUUAGCUGAGUCUGCAGUCAGCUCUUUGCCUUCUUGUACAGGUCCUUCGAACAAGGUUUCUUUUUUUCAUAUGCUCAUCUGUCCAAAGUUGUGAAGCCGCUUGCCAUUGCGCUUACUUAGGGAUGUCGUCAAGAAACUAACAAAUUGUGAAGCAAUGGAAUGAAUACAAGAUUACAGUUACUUUAGAGUACA